AUGGCAGCUACCGUGUUCAAUGUCAUGGUAAUAUUCUGCGCUGUUAAGUUAUUUAAACGAAGCGGCGAUACCAUGCAUCUUUUCAUCUUAAAUAUGACCGUUGGAGAUCUGAUAUUAACAGUGUUUUGCCAUCCAAACGAGCUACUCAUUCGGAAGCACGAUUUUCUACAACAAAUUCAUCUUUGUGCAGUUGUUCAUUACUUCAACUGGACUGGACUAGCGGUUUCUGGCUUGUCGCUCACAAUGCUUAACAUUGACAAGUUAAUCUAUUUUCGCUGGCCACUGAACUACGACCGAUCAAUGUCGAAGCGAAGAGCAGCCUUAUUCUGUCUCCUAAUAUGGGGACUAUCCCUUGGGUUCAUAUCGUACUGCUGGCUGUUCAACAUUGUUUACAUUCAUUCUUUUGAUUGUUCCCUACAGAUAAGUCUCUUUAUGUCGCCGGGUAAAAAGUUCUAUUACGAAAUUUUUUUAAUCUUGUUCUGUGUUCUGCCUGUCACUUCUUCAUUGAUUGUGUCUAUAUAUUUAUUUAAUUUAACUCGCCAAAAAAGAAAUGCUGGAAGUGGAGGAGACACUUCUGCUUUCAAAAGCAAGGUAAAAUCGCUGGUCUUCAUUUUCGCAACGACAGCCUGGACAUCGUGCAGUUUGUUACCAUAUCGAAUCAUGAAUCUGGCUAGGAUCCACCUUUUUACAUGGUCUGAACUCUCGUGUGAAGGAAAGCAAUUGAUGAAUUGGAUAGCGUGGAUUUUAAUAUAUCUCCUCACUAUUAAUCCGAUCAUUAAUCCUUUAAUCACUUCACUAAUCUAUGCGCCCUAUCGUAUGACGAUUAAGAAGUUCCUUGUGAAUAUUCCUGUUGGGAACCGGCCAUUCUAUAACUAUCAAGGAGAGCAUCUUCAUCUGGAUAGCAGGUACAUGGGUAUGCAAUGUUGGAUGGUUAGAAAAUGCUUUUAA